AAUAAUACCGAUUACACGUAUUAUACACGCGCCCGUGCGAUAACCUGUUACGAAUAUGAGCUCGUUACGUGCGUUACGCGUCUGUAUACUAGGUAUACAUAUAUUUGUAUUGGUAAAUAGUUAGUUGGUAUUAGUUACAUAUGCCUAAUAUGACCGCCUAUUGCGCGUUAUUUAUAUUAUCUAGUUGUUUUUUGGAAGAGUUUGAUAUACCAAUGAAAUAACGCUAUGUAUACCAUAAAUAUUUGAAUAACCGGGUAUGGUAUGCGUACGCGUGAAAGAGUUUCGUUUCUUAAAAUCAAAUAUAAAAAAAUGAUUUUCAUUCCAUUUUUUUCCGAGGGCCCCCCUUCAAAUUUUCAACAAUCUAGUUGAAAUUAAAAACAAAGAUGCUCGGAGAGAUAUCGAGAUAUCGAGAUAGCGUAGAAAAUAGAAGAAAAAGAGAGAUAGACGAAAAAAAAAAGUGACGAAAAAUGGAACCAUGAAAUUACUGACUGGCAGCAGCAACGUGGUGUCCUCAUAUGCAUAUACACAAGUGUGUGCAUCGCGCCGAUUUCUGAACGUAUCCGCCAGCCUACACAUGGAUCAACCUCGAUUGAAAAUUCACCGAAGGAUUACGCGAGGAAAAUAAAAUUAACAAUUAACACGUGAAAUAUAGAGCGAAAAACGAGAAGCAAAAAUUAAAAGAAGAACGGAUUAAUCGUGAAUUUCUUUUGGUGUUUGUGCGUUAUAGUUCAGUGUUUAUAAUAUAAAAUUAAUAAAAAUAAUAAUUUUGAAAAAAGAAAAAGAAAAGUAAAAUCACAACAAUAAGAAUUUAAUGAAUAAUUAUUACGAUAUCUAUAAAUUAUAUUGAUAAAAGAAAAAGAGAAACAAAGCAAACAAAACAAAAAAAGAAUCAAACUGAGUAACAUUAAUAAUAUUAGUAAUAAUAAUAAUAGUAAUAAUUAUAAUUAUAAAAAUAAGGCUAAUAAACGAUUACGAUGCUAUAAUAAUAACUGAUUGUAUGAAGAAAUAAAAUAAAAAAGAAAAAAAACGAAAAAAAAUACAAAUAAAGAACAGAAAACAAAAAGUGUGACCAAAGUUGAAUGAAUGAAGAAGAGAAAAAAAAAUUUAUAAAAACCGAAUAAACUCUAGGCGCUUAUAAUAUCGAAGAUGAAUCAUUGAGGAUAUGAUGAACAUUCGUUUUUCACAUAUGUAUAAAUUUCAAAGAAACUUUACAUGGGAUUUGAAGCGUUGAAUUGCCAGAGUGCGCGUUAUCGAUCAUUGAACAACUUUACGAUGAAUUGAAGAUGAACAAGUAGGAAAAGUGUAACAUUAUUUUUUUUUUUUAUUGUUUUUGUCUUUCUCGGCGUUAUCGUUAUUAUUUCUUAUCGCGAUAAAUUAAAGUUGAAUCGAAGAAAGGGAAAAAGGUGAAGAAGAGAAACGUCAGAUUUAAAACAAAUAAUAUUUCUCGAGUAAAGGUGCAGAAUUUAUUGUAUCAUUGAAACCAUGUCUUUGACACGUGAACAAUCCUACGCGGUCGGAUAGAGUUGGAAAUUUAUUUUUCAAGAGGGUAUAUAAAAUAUAAAAUAUCUCAUAUUUGUACACCUCGAAUAAAAGAAGAAACGGAAAAGAAGCGAAGGAAAAAUUUUAUCAAAGAAUCUAAAGACUGUGAGAAUUUCUAGGGAAUAAGUUCGCGAAGAUUUAGAAAAUUAUCAAUAAACGACGAUUGAGUGCACGCGGGGGAUAAGAAAUAAUUGGGAAUCCUCUCCUUUUCUCCGUGACCCCGGUGCACGAAAGGUAUUUCACUUCACCCGUUGAAAAGAAGCAAAGAGCGAAGAGUAAAAGUUUUUCGCUGGAAAACGAAUUCCCGCAUAUUUUUUAACACCGGUGAUACACGCGGAAGACGUCUUACUCGCUGUAAAAUUUUAUUCAAUUAAUCAAUUAAUGAUGAAAAAUUCACGAAGACUGCAGCGCCGUAACAGCAAAAACUGCAGUACAAGUAGCUCGACGGACGAUGAUCGCGUUAACGGCGUUGGUUCGGUUAUGACGAGAAAUUUUAACGCUAUUAAAAAAUCAAACGGAAUCAACGACAAUGACGAGGAUUGUAAGAACGAUGUGAACGCGAAGGUAGUCACGUCGUCAUCGCCAUCGGCGUCGGAAGAUGACGUAGAAAAUUUUUGCGACAAAGGAGCGAAGGUGUUCCAGUGUAGAAAUUGCAGUCCCGGCAGUGCGCUUGGAGAGGAACUGGAUAACGAAGAAUACGGGAGAACGAUCGACGGCUCGUCGACGUUGACGGGGAGACUUGGCCACCGUCAGAGGCCGCAGCAGCAAUGCGAACUUUGCGAACGUCUUCAAGGAUGCGAGUCCAAGGAUAAAAGUUCCGACGUCGAUGGGAACGAGAGGCGCGGGGCGGGAGGUGGAGCCGGAGCCGGAGCGGGAGGAGGGGAAUGUUGUUACACCGAUGGUAGAAGGAAUCGUAACAACGGCCACCAAACAAAACGGGGUUCCAAGGAGUACGGCGACGUUAACGAUGGCUGUACGGGGCAUCCGAUGGAUCCCGUUUCUCCACCCUCGCCGAUGGAUUGCGGAAGACGUCGAUGCGAUGUUCCACUGCAGUGCAGACUGAGAUGCGCCUCGAGCGUUGUUCGAUGGCGAAGCGUACCGACGUCGCACAACGAUCGCCACGGCGUACACGUCGACAAUUACGCCGGUGAUAAAAAUUCUAACGAAGAAACAAACAAUAAUAAACACCUGCAAUACUACUCGAAAUCGUCGCCACCUACGACGCCGCAGCGAUCGACGUCAUCGUCGUCGUCAUCGUCGUCGUCAUCGACGUCAUCGUCGUCGUCAUCGUGCUCGUCGUCGUCGUCGUCGUCGUCGUCGUCGCGGAGGUUACCCGAUAACAAACAAACGUCAUGUCUUUCAAAAUAUUUUUUAAACAAAUCUGCAUCGAUAUAUUCAUCAGUACGACUAUUAAAAUUCUCAUGGACCUUUGCCGCGUUAAUUAUUUUAUUAACCGCUAACGUGAACGUGGCUAACGCUCAAGUCAACAGGGUCAAUACCGAAAUUUCAACAGCUGUCACUAAACGGGACGUUUGUCAAAGCGUCGACGUGAGGAACAGCGUUCACCAAUUUUCCAGACUGGAGGGAUGUCGGGUUGUCGAAGGUUUCGUACAGAUAUUGUUAAUCGAUCACGCGGACGAUAGCCAUUACGCGAAUCUAACGUUUCCCGACCUCGUAGAAAUCACCGGCUAUCUCCUCUUGUACAGAGUAAACGGACUUAGGAGCGUGGGUCACUUGUUUCCAAAUUUGACGGUGAUCCGAGGACAUUCUCUGUUCAUAAAUUACGCCCUGGUCGCCUUCGAGAUGGUGCAUCUUCAGGAAAUCGGACUUCAUUCUCUCACAAAUAUUGUACGAGGUACCGUCAGAUUCGAAAAGAAUCCGGCACUUUGUUACGUGGACACAAUCGAUUGGGAUCUCAUCACGGGGGUUGGAAAAGGCGAACACGUUAUUUCGGGUAACAAACCUAAAAACGGAUGUCCAGUUUGUGAGAAAAAUUGUCCAACUAGGGUCACGAAACAGGAUGAAACUCUUUGCUGGAAUCGUCAACAUUGUCAGAAAGUUUGCAAUACCAAUUGUGGGGAUGCGGCGUGCAGUAAUACUGUGCCAGUGAAAUGUUGUCAUCCCACUUGCCUCGGAGGAUGCACCGGACCAACGUCUCAAGAUUGUAGGGUUUGCAGAGAAGUCGUAGUGGCUGGAAAUCGGUGCGCUGAAAAGUGUCCACCGAAUACCUACGAGUUUCUGAACCGACGAUGUGUACAGGAGAAUGAAUGCAGAAAGAUGAAAAAACCUCGAGAAGCGUUUGAUAUAGUAAAAGAAUUUCCAUAUAAGCCUUUCAACAACACUUGCGUCACCGAAUGCCCAGCAGGGUAUAUGGAUGAGGAAAUAGACGGAAAAUCUUCUUGUAAAAAGUGUGACGGACUUUGUCUCAAGGAAUGCAGUGGCGCUAAUGUGGACAGUAUUGCCUCGGCACAAAAAUUGCGAGGGUGUACAAGGAUAAUGGGAAGUCUGGAGAUACAGAUACGCGGGGGUAAAAAUAUCGUGAAAGAAUUGGAGGACAGCCUCAGUAUGAUCGAGGAAAUUGAUGGUUAUUUGAAAAUAGUGCGAAGUUUUCCCCUCAUAUCUUUGAACUUUCUUAAAAAUCUGAGAACCAUACAUGGAAAAACAUUGGAGAGCGGAAAGUACAGUUUAGUCGUUCUUGAUAAUCAGAACCUCCAAGAGCUCUGGGACCUCGAGACUCACAAGUCCAUUAAAAUACUCGCAAGAGAUGGCCCUGCCAAGGUAUUUUUUCAUUUCAAUCCAAAACUCUGCCUUGACACUAUCGAAAAAUUUAGAAAAGCUGCGGAUCUCCCAGAGUUUACCGAGCUCGAGGUUGCCCCGAAUAGCAAUGGAGACAAGGUAGCCUGUAAUGUAACAAAACUACGAACUCGAGUUACCAAAAAGACCUCCAAUGCUGCCCUCAUAGAAUGGGAAGCCUUCAGGCAUCAUGACCCUAGAUCUUUACUCGGAUAUGUUGUUUAUUUUAUCGAGGCUCCAAACAAUGUUACCAUGUUUGAUGGAAGAGAUGCCUGCGGAGGUGACGGAUGGAGGGUGGAUGACGUGUCUGCUGUCGAUAAUCCAGAAGCACCACCGGUUUUGACAAAUGGAACACUAACCGAAUCGGUUUCCUACCUCACACAUAUUCUAACGCAGCUCAAACCUUAUACUCAGUAUGCAUUUUACGUUAAGACUUACACUAUUGCUACGGAGAGAUCUGGAGCCCAGAGUGAUCUCCAUUAUUUUACAACUUUCCCCGACGCACCAAGUAUACCUAGGGCUCUUUCUACAUGGAGUAAUGCCAGUAACGAGCUUGUUGUCACUUGGGAACCACCGAUUAAUAAAAAUGGAAACCUGACACACUACAGAAUAGUUGGACGUUGGGAAGCUGACGAUCGAACUUUUCUUGAUCAAAGAAACUACUGUGACGAACCUCUAUUGUUAUCUGAGAAAAAAACCAUAUCUGUGCUUGCUGAGGAAGCAAGGAAAAAAGCGCAAGAAGAAAAGAUGGUCGCUGCGGCAAAACCAGGGUUGACAUCUACUUGUCAGUGUGCCGAAGACGAGACAGACCCAUUGCUCAGAGAGAAGGAAGUUUCUAGCUCAAUCGCUUUCGAGGAUGCUCUGCACAAUCAAGUUUACAUAAAGCGCCCUACCAACGAACGUAGGAGGCGAGAUUUGAGCGAAACUGUUAGAAGCGCGAUGGUUAUACGUCGAGAUCUUCACUCCUAUCCUGAGGACAAAGAAAAUCUUUCCGAAAAGGUGGAAAAUGGUUCCUAUAUCGUAUUUAACAGAACUGUUUAUGGCCAAACGAUUUUUUCCAUGAAAAAUUUACGUCAUUUUGCUGUCUACACCAUAGAGGUACAGGCUUGCAGAGAACCUGUGCCUAACGAUACAUUGAACAGUUGCUGCUCCACAAAGAGUAUUAAAACUGCCAGAACUCUGCCUAUUGACUCUGCUGAUGACAUUCCACAGAAUAGUUUCAAGUAUAAUGUUGUUGUUGGGAAUAACAGUGAAUCUACGGUAAACUUGUGGUGGAAAGAGCCACCCGAUCCUAACGGGCUUAUUGUCUCGUACCAAAUUGAGUACAAAAACAUUGAUAUCCAAAACGUAAAAUCUCUGAUAGUUUGCAUGACGCGGCAAGAGUUUCUGCAAAAUGGACAAAUGUAUGUCCUGAGAGGUCUACCAGCUGGUAAUUACUCAUUGAAACUUAGAGCCACUAGUUUGGCUGGAAAUGGAGCGUAUACAGCCACGAAGUACUUUUAUAUCAGAGAACUCAAUGCUGGAGGAUCCCAUCCCUUCCUUUGGCCAGUUCUUAGUGUGCUUGGUUUGUUAAUUCUCUUACUGGCUGGCGGUUAUGUUUUGAAACGAAAGUUUAUGCCUAACGUGCCAAACAUGCGACUCAUUGCUACCGUCAAUCCGGAAUAUGUCAGCACCGUCUAUGUACCUGAUGAGUGGGAAGUUCCUCGCAAGAAAAUAGAACUUCUUCGUGAGCUGGGUAAUGGCUCUUUUGGAAUGGUGUACGAAGGUAUGGCCAGAGAUGUUCUCAAGGGAAAACCAGAAGUCAAAUGUGCAGUUAAAACAGUCAAUGAAAAUGCCACAGACAGAGAGCGCAUUGAGUUUCUUAAUGAGGCAUCGGUUAUGAAGGCCUUUAACACUCACCACGUCGUAAGAUUAUUAGGGGUUGUGUCACAAGGUCAACCAACACUAGUGGUGAUGGAGCUCAUGGUCAAUGGAGACUUGAAGACCUACCUAAGAAGUCACCGGCCCGAUGUGUGCGAAAAUUUCUCAAAGCAGCCUCCGACAUUGAAGCGAAUCUUGCAGAUGGCUAUCGAAAUAGCUGACGGCAUGUCUUAUUUGGCUGCCAAAAAAUUUGUGCACAGAGAUCUUGCUGCAAGGAAUUGCAUGGUUGCAGAGGAUAUGACUGUAAAAAUUGGAGAUUUCGGAAUGACUCGAGAUAUUUAUGAAACGGAUUAUUAUCGCAAGGGUACCAAAGGCUUGUUACCAGUCAGAUGGAUGGCACCGGAAAGUUUGAAGGAUGGUGUUUUCACCAGCUUCUCCGAUGUUUGGAGCUACGGAGUUGUACUCUGGGAAAUGGUCACUCUUGCAUCGCAACCCUAUCAAGGGCUAUCUAACGAUCAGGUUCUUCGCUACGUUAUCGAUGGAGGGGUGAUGGAACGUCCUGAAAAUUGCCCGGAUUCUCUAUAUACCCUGAUGAGACGUACGUGGAAUCAUAAGCCCAAUCAGCGACCAACUUUCCUUGACAUCGCUACGAUGCUCCUGUCGGAAGUCAAUGUUGAGUCCUUCGAAAGAGUCAGCUUCUAUCACUCCCCAGAGGGAAUCGAGGCCAGGCAUCAAAAUGCGUCGCAUUCGCCACAGGCUGACAAGGACAUGGAGAUGGCAACGCUGCACGAUUUGCGGGAGGAUGACGUCGACGGGGAGGGUGAAGGGAGCGAGGAGUCCCCGCUGAGACAAGAUUUUGGAGAUUUUGCAAGCUUUGAGCCAGCUGGACCAAACUCAAUUAAGAUUAGUUCAAAUCCAAUAUAUGGAGCAACGACGCGUAACGAGAACUCCAAGGUAUCUCCAAAUUUCCAUGAGUUUAAUUCGUCCAAAGUUCCACUGAAGGCUGACUUUGAGGACUUCGAGGGAGCUUCUAUGGAGUCGUUAAGAUCCAGUCGGGAUACGUUGGAUCUACCCUUUGCUGAGGAAAGUUUAAAGUCUGUUAAAAAUUCACCGUUUGUUGAAAAGAAAAACAAUUCACGAGGUAACCUGAGCGAUGGUUCUAUAGGAAAAACACUUAGCCCCGGCAGCAUUGCUAGGAAAAAUUUUUUGGAGACUCCUAGAUUUUCCACUAUUAAAACUGAAGAUCCCGACUAUGAAAAUAAAAUCCCUGAAGUUGUUCUUAGCACUUCCGGUGACCAGAUAAAGGACUCUAAUAUACGUCGUAUCGAGUUCCCGUCAAUCGACGAUGUAGAGGAUAAAAAUAUUAAUGAAAUAGGUGGAAACAAGUCCAAAGUUGAUUAUAAGAGUAAACCAGAGACCUUAAACAACGGUUAUAUUAGCGGUAAGACUACACAAUGUUAGAAGAUCGCGGUACGCGUUCCUUGGCUGGUUUAGUUUUAUAGUUUUUUACGCAAAAACGCAGUUUUCAAUAAAAAUAUCGUACGUUAUUUUUUUCUUCCUUUUUACGGAACCGUUCAAUACACUAUUUACUGAUUAAUAAUCGCGCGUGUUUUGUUACCUUACAGCCACGGUUACACGCGCGUAGAUGCAGGAUAUCUCAGGAUAACAAAAUACAAAAAAUCCACUAACAAUUACUAGCACUCUAGAGAAACGAAUGAAACUCGAGUGCGACGCUAUGUGGCGACUAUGACGAUAAAUGUUGAACUCCGCGUGAUUUCGAGCGAUCUCUUUGCGCAAGGUAAAAAGUAAACAAAAAAUAAAACGAAAAAAAAAAUAAAUAAUGAUUAAAAUUGAUUUGUUUACAUGUAGUUUUUUUCUCAAUUAAUAAUAAGCUAUAUCCAAAUAUAAUCUAAAUUAUUCAAUAAUAUAAUAAGAGAUUAGGAAAAAGUUAGGGGGGGGGGGGGGAGAAAAAAAAUAUGUAUCUAAUAAUUUUAGUGUAAUAAAUUAAAUUGAUUGUAAACUCGUUCGCGUAAUAAUAAAAUAAAAUGAAUAAAAUUACAUUACAUUAUAUUAUAUGGUAAGAUUGCGUAUAUUGAGAUCGUUCGACAAUUACACGUGGCGUAGAAACAUAUGUAAGUUCUUUUUUUUCCGUUUUUUUUUUUUAGGAAAACUUACGCGAUCAAAUAAGUUUUUAUUGCGUGCAUGCCUUUUUGAUUAGUAAAAAAGUAAAACGGUUGAAGUUAUGGCUAGGACCCUCGGAUGUUCACCGUUUAAUUCAGCGUCCUUUGGGAAUACUAGCAGUUUGACGAUAAAUGAAAUAGGAACUGUCUCGAAAAAAUAAUCAGGGAGAGAAGAAGAAUGCGAGAGAAGGCGUGUGACAGAUAAGAUGAAAAAUAAAGAGUGCGAGAGAAACUUGCGAGGAUUCCGUUUAUGACGAGUCAUUCGUGGCGUAGUCGUUUAUUGCUAUAGAUUUUUUUUCUUUUUUUCUUUCCUCGGUUCUAGUUUAUCCUCUAAUGUUCGAAUCCAUGAAGAUUUGCUGUUAUUUCGUUGACUUACAAUUAGAUGUCAACGGCAUCGGUUGGUUAGUCGCAUCUGUAGGUGAAUAAUUGAUGAAACAGAAGAGGAGAAAAAAUAAAUCUUGGCGAUCAAGUCCAAAUAAUGAGUAAUAAAAGAUAUCUGACAUAAUUGACGGAUGGAGUAAUUACCUGCUAUAAUAGACGGGAUACGAGAGACGAAAGACUACACCGCGGCUAGUCGCGAAAUGAUUUGUUACAAAAAACUUGAUCGUCACUAGAUACGUUGUUAUUAUACACAUCAGGAUACAAUAGUUUAGAGUUUAAUAGUAAUUGUUAGUACGUUGACAAAAGUAUACAAACAUAUUUUCAGGGUUGUUCAGAAUAAGUUACGUAUUUUUUUUUUUCUCUUCUAUUACAUAACACAUGCAAAUAUCAAUUCAGUCGUAUAGCUGUCGAAAUUAAUUCUUUCGCUAACCCAACAUGAUCUCAUGUGGUACCGUAAUAUCAAAAUUCAACUUUCAGGUUUAAGGUUGUUCAUUCGAAAUUUAUGAAACUUCCCCUCACUAGGCUGAAUUUUCAUUUUUUUUUUUUUAAAUUCAAUAUUUUUUUUCAUGGGAUUCAGAUAAUGUCUUCUAAACUCUUCGAUUAGGGAAGCUUCAUGCGAUACUAUUCGGCUUUUUUGAAAUAUUUUCUCCUACGUCUGAUGUUCGACUCUAUGACGAUAGGUGUAUUAAAUAUUGAAUGGAAUAUUGAAUGAUGGCAAUUUUAUUAACGGUUUGAAAGUUACUUGUUCGAAAAUAGAUAAUAGAAAAACUAAUGAGAUAUCAAAGAUUCUAUUUAUUACUUAACUUAAUUUAUGAUAUUAACUACUAUAAUUUCACUGAUCAAAGUCGUUGUAUUUCACAGAGAUGAGAGAGAGAGCGAAUAAUUUUAUCUAAAACUGAACGUAAUGCGUUGUAUCACGCAUGUAGAGGCAGGUGUAGACAAUAUUGACGAUCAUGAGCGAGAUUAGAAUUGACAGGAAGUAAUUUUCAAACUGUAGACAAAGUUGUGUUAAUUAGAUUAAACUUUUCUGAACCAUCCUGUUGUGUAAUGUCGAACAGACGAGAGAGUGGAGACUGUCAUAGUUCAAUGAGAGCCAAGAUUGACGUCGGUAAUGAGAUAUGGAGAGAAAGGAAAAUAAUGAUUAGUAUUAUAGCAAAUGUUGAAUGAUACUGCAAAGAAUGUAGAAAAAAUCGGAUUUCGAGAAAUCAGAAUACAAAACUUAAUGAAAUCAUGUGAAAUUAAAUGCGAGUCUGGGUAACCACGAGACAAGUUCUAUUCAAUGGCAAAUAAUGGUAUCUAUAACACGGAAAAAAUCUAAACACAAAAACCGUAAGGAACACCUAAAAUAUGAAUGUGUGUAUAUAUAUGUUUAUGCACAUGUAAUACACACAUAUAUACAUAUAUAUAAAUGUAAAAUAAAUUGAUAGGAAAGCUGAACGACAAAUUCCGAAUGACGAAAAUACGACUCACAUACAUGUAACAUGAAUACACGUGAUGUAUGUAAGUGACUAUUGUAUAUGUAUACGAGGGUGUUCGAAAUAGGGUAGGUAUUUUUCAACUCUUGCCGGUCGAUGGUUUUUUUUUUUUAUUUAUUUUUUUUCUUUCCCAAUCUAGUGCUGAAACUUCCUAGAGUUCAAAACUUUUCGAAUUGAAUUCUAGACUAGUAAAUAAUAUUAUUUUUGAACUGCUAAUUGUAAAAGAGAAACACCCACUACGUUUCAAACAGUCCAACUCGUAUACACACCUAUAAUAUAAAGAAGUUUAAAAAAAAAGAAAGAAAAAGCGACGCAAUACAGCCGAAACUAGACAUACAUAUAUAAUGAGCCUCAAAUACAAGACUGAUUAGCUAUUCCCCCGAAUGAUCCCAUAAUCAUAAUCUCCCAGUAAGUUAACGAUACACAGAACAAUGUUGGUAGAAGUUCCAUGUUUUAUUCUCACGUGCGCAGGUCAUUUUUAAUUUUUUUUUGUUUUUUUUUUAAUUUUUUUUUUUUUUCAACUUUUUCGUUCACUUCGCAACAUACCCGCUUACGGAAUAAUAUUAAUAAUAAUAAUAAUAUUAUUAAUAAUUAAUAAUAACAAUAAUUAAUAAUAAUCAUAAAAAAUUAUAAUGAUAAUAAUUCUAAUAAUUCUAAUAAUAAUAUUAAUAAUAAUAACUAGUUGUAGUCUGUAAUUGAUAGUCUCUAGUAUCUAGUAUACAUAGUAAUUAUAGUAUAAAAACGAAUAGUAAUAACAAUAAUUGAUAACGAUAAAGUACCAGUGACCUAAUAGAAAGUACCUAUUUUAUUUGUAACGCUUUACAUAUUAUAAUAUUAUACAUAUUAUGAUUAAAAAUACACUAAAAUUAGUGGAUGAACUUAUAAUGUACAGAUUGUCUGAUAGUCAAAAUGAGACUUGAAAAUCUUCUACGUGUUACUAUACUACACAUUUAUACUACAGUAAAUAUAAUAAUCGGUGAUCGUGUCGUGGUCACGCUAGGAAUUUAAGAUUACAUCCUGAUCCUUGCAAAAGCACUUACUUUAAUUCAUGGGUAAUAUUGUUUGUGUUCAUCUUGAUGCAAUGUAAAUACGAAUACGUUGCUUUUAUUUCACUGCUGCCUACUGCGUUUACAUAAGAUUUGGAAUUGUGGCCGAUGCUGCCGAUCGAAUGACAAUGUCGCAUUUUUAAACCUACCUACGAUAUUGUCAGACAUGGAUAUUCAUGUGAAAAUCCUUUAUUUUAUUUUUUUUUCAAGAAGUUACGAAACGUCCAUCCUAAUUAUACAAUAAUAGCCAUUGCAUUUACUGUCAAGGCUGAAAACUUUCAAAGGCUACGGGAACUGGACAGGAUCAACAGUAUCAGGAUCAAAUAGUUAAAAUGAUAAUCAUUAACUACAGCAACAAAACAUAACAACAAUUAAAUAUAAUUUGUUAACAAUAUCAAGAAUAAUGAUAAUGAUAAUAAAUAGUAAUAACGAUAAUAACAAUAAUAAUAAUAAUAAUGAUAAGUUACAUGAAUAAUGGUGAAUUAAUUUAAAACAAAAAAGAAUAAUAAUUGAUAAACAAAUUAAAUCACAUCGAUAACUGAUGGCUAAAGCGUCGAGGAUAAUAUCUAAUAAUAAAAUCAUAAUAGUUAUAAUUUUACUAACAACGUUUAAAAGCAUAAAUUAUUUAGCUCUCUCGGUUAGAAGAAUAUACCCGAAGAACACACUUCGUACCUCGAUCGUCGGGAAUCAAUUGAAUUUUCGUGGUUCUAAUAUGUCGUCUGAAUUUAUGAACGCUUGUAUUUGUAAUGGAUAUUACGUAUGCGAGACCGAUGACGAUGCUUUAAGUUUUGUGACUAAAAGAAAAUCAGUUUCCGGUAUCAAACAGUAUUUUAUUUAUUUAUUUUUUUUUUGGUGUUAUUCCUUUUUUAAUUAUUAAUAUUAUUAUUUUUUUUGGUGAUUGCUUUCAAUUGAUUUUUAAUAGUCCGACGAAGUGUGUGGAUAAUAAUAAGUAGUUUAAAAAAUUUCUUGUGCUUUUUCGGUUCAUCGAACUUCAAAAUAACGAUGGAUAGUUAUUUUAGUUUCUUCGCUUGUUUAGUAUUAGCUGAAUUAAUUUUUAAUAGUAGUAAACUAGUUUCGAUAACACUUGCAACAAUAGUCUUGUAUAAAUAAUCUACCUCUCAUCUGUCAAGAUCAAACAAGUCAUUUUCUUUUUUCUUUAUUUUUUUUUUUUUUUGUGCGAAUUUAUUUUGGACUUUUCUUGUGCUCUUACGUUGCAUUUCUAAUUAACUGUUCGUCAAUAUUCAUAUCUUUUGUAUGCUGCCCAGCCGUAUCGCGGUCGAAACUUAAUUUUAUAAAAGGUGAGAUUGUGAGUAUUGAACGGAUAUUUUUUGUACAUAGUAUGAACGUAUGUAAGCGGGUCGUAUCGCUGCAUACGUAAGUCAUAGGAUGGUUAUUUUAUUCGAGCCAUUACUUUGGUUUCUCGUUGACGUUCGUGUUCACAGCGGUAUUUGGUUCCACAUUGAAGAUAUGGCAACUACACGAAGAUCUUUUUUUGUCCACCAUUAUACGAAGAUCGUUUCUCCUGCACAACAUUUGAAGAUUUUGUCAUUGCCCCUCUCUUCUGGAAAGCAACACUGAAGAUAUUCCUGAAUACCUUCGAUCCUCCCGAAGGUUUAGAGGCCUACAAUUCUUUGAUAUCCACGGUCCUACUUUACAAUAUUAUCAAUAAUUAUAUUUAAUACCACAUUUUUUAUUAGAUAGGCAUAAUAAUAAUAAUAUUGAUAAUCAUGAAAACAAAUGGUCAUAACAGAAGGAAAACGGAAAAACAGAAAAUGAAAAAAAAAAAAAAUAAUUAUAUGUUACAACUGGGCUAAGGUUUUAUAAAACAUGUUGAUCCUCGCUCGUACACAUGUAUUAGGAAUAGCUUAUUUUAUUUUUUGGUUUUAUUUUAAUUAUUGCAUCGGCGCGUGCGGUAAUUGUACAAUAUCAGUGUGUUAGUGUGUAAGAUUUUAUGAAUUUAAUUAUAAUUUACCGAUGAGUUAAUUUAUAAUUAUUGGAACAAUUAAUCAAUCAAUGGUUCGAACGGACGAGGUGAACGAAACUUUAUUUCAUCUAGUGUACGUAGGUUGGAAAUAUUGAAUAUCUGAGGUCGGGCUCACGUGGUUCAUUGUAGAAUAGCUUCUUGCAAAUUGCACUUUUCUUGCUUUAUAUCAUACGAUUAACGGAAAGAAAACAGAAAGAAAAAAUGAAUAAGUUUUUUUUUUCUCCGUUAGGCCAUGGAAUUAAGUGAUAACGUAGUUAUUCCGGUCCAAGAGAAUUCGGAUGUAGGUUUUAUUCGAGAUUCGUUGAAAUUCGAAAUUUCUGAGGAAGUUGAAGUUAGUAUUUAUUCCAAAGCCGCUUAGGACUGAACUGAUUUGGCGUUUUUUUAAUAAUUCGACUUGUAUUCAGAGAUGAGGGAUUGUUGUGCGAUAAUCUAUUAGAAAAUUAUAGGCAAUCGUAGGUCGAAGAACGAGAGAUUAUUUAGGAAUUGGAAAGGUAGGAAUAGUCUAUAUUGGAAAUAGAAACGUUAUUAUUACUACAAAUUUUCUGAAAGACUGAAACAAUAAUUGCCAGAAGAGUCAAACCGAGCCUGAUUUUUAGCGAUUGCAGAAUCUUGAUUUGUUUCGACCCAGGUCUUACAAUUAGUGCAAUUCAAAACCAAAAUCACAGAGUAAGGGACGAGGCCGAAUACUUGUGCGAACAAUUGGAAGGUGCAAAUUACAGCAAAAAAAUUUUUAUAAUGUAUUACUCCGGCAUAGGAUGAAAAUGUAUCACAUACGCGUAUAAAUACAUGGUACCCACAUUAUAUUUCUUUAGGAAAAAUCGUGAAAGAAAAACGCAAAAAAAAAUCGGAGAAUAAGAUUGAGAGAAUGAAGAUUAGGGAAUAAUGUUAUUAGAAUAUAUUUUAUGGAGUUUACGCGCGUGAUAUCAUUUAUCUGUAGAAGAAAUAUUUCCACCGUAGGAUUCGUACGUAGUUGGUGGUAAAAUUCAGUCCUAUUCUAUUUAAAUCUAAUAAUUUUAUGUCGGGAUUGUUAAAUUUCAUUCCAUUUCUAAUAUUGGACUGCAAAUAAUCGUCGAUUGGCGCUAUCGAGUAUCGUUCCAAAACGGUGCUGUGCUUGUAAAGGAAUAAAAAAUUUUAAAAAGAAGAAGGAAAAGAAGGAAAAUGUUGAACUGAAAUUGUAAGAAAUUAAACAACCUGUGCCAGUUCUGAAUUAAAGGGUUUAAGAAAAUUAGGAAUGAUUAAUUGAAAUCUUUGCACAUUUUAUCAUCGAAUAUUAUGAAAUAUUAUUAUCGAACAUUAUGCUUUCCAUUUAAUUUUACUUUAAACGUAACUUAAAUAUUGCUAGUACAAAUAUUUCGUAGUUUAUUCAAAUUUUAUCCAGGCAAAAUGAAAAGCAAUCAAGGAAGUUCAAAGUAGCUGAAUCGAUGAAUUUUAAUGAAACAAACAAAACGAAACAAUAAAAUACUUUUGUAAUCUGAGGGGAAAUGAAAUACGCGGUGGAGAUGAAUUGAGAUGCGACUGUAAAAUGACGUCUUUGAAAGUAUAUUAAUCAUUGUAAUCGCCCAUCUCGCGCGCAAUAAGUGGUGAAAAUUUCACUUCGCUGGUACAGAAGGUGCAAUUUAAAUUAUUCGCAUUGCAUGAAAGGAGUUACGAGCUUGCAUUUGCGUCAAUUUGAAUGUUCCGAAAGCUAAAAUCACACGAGCUUUGGCGAUUCGUUAGAUUUUAUCUGGCCGAAACUAAUUAACCCGGCAUAAAAUCAGUUCAACUGAAUCAUGCAUAGCUAUAAUCAUGAUGCGUUGAAAAGAUUUUUCAAUGUUGUGGUUACCUAAUAAAUUGUAUAUCACGACAAUUGGGGGAAGGGUAAUUCGAUCGACUCGCGAAUCUCCUUGUGCUACUGUUACGAUCAUAUUAUACUAUAUACUAUAUUAUAUUACUAUCUUAGGUGUUACAUUACUCUGGAUUUAUAAGUCGCUAGAAAAUUCUAUAAUAUAACAAACGUGAGAGUCCUGAUUUCCUAUCAUCUAAAUCGCGUUAUUUAGAAUGUCGCGAGCUACAGAUGCACCCUUACAAGGGCAUCGUUAUCGGCUUCGCCCUGCGCCGAUCCAGAGAACAGUGAAAGGAACAGGAAGCGUAAAAUACGCCCAAAAAAAAAAGCAUUGAAUGAAAAGAUACCCAAAUUCAACGAGCAUUUCGAAUUCGUACAUCAUUGUCUCGGAAUUCAGAUAUGUUAAUAUUCGUCCCUGUACAAAUAAUUAAUUAAUUAAUUAAUUGAUAAUCAAUUAUAACGUCUAUGAAACGGUGAACAGGCAAUUCGCCCUGACGAUGAUUGAUCUUUAUCUGUGCUAUUUCUCAACUGUAUAAAAAAUAUAUGAUUGGAUUAAAUUUUCGACCGUCGAUUCAGGAAUUUUCGAUAAUCACGAUGGCUCUAUACUAUAUAGUAUAAUUGAUAAUACCUAACAAAUAAUAAUGCGCUAUAUACGCUGUAUAUGAAAAAUUAGAAGCAAAAAAAUGAAAAAAAAAAAAAAAAAAUAGAGAGGACGAGGUAAAGGAUGAGGAGAAUACGAAAUAACAAUUACAAUAACAAUCUUUUGAUCAUGAAAUAAUAAUUUUUAAUAAAAAGCUACAAUGGAAUACUAAUGAUUUGUAUUUUGAGUAUAUUUUUUUUUCUUUCUUUUGUUCUCGAUUUUUUAUUGAGGGAAUUCGGAAAUCCGAGUGCUCAAUUAAACAACGAAUGAAUGAAUGUCCGUUGAAUCUAAUUCCUUCCUAGUCACGAUAAUAAAUAAAUAGUGGUUGAAUUGUUGAGACGACGCGGAUCGCGUCCUAUCAAUCGGCCUACGGUUGUCGCACUAGGCGGACUUCGGGAACGCUUAAAAGUGCACUGGGACAAGGUGACGUGUUUUAAUCUAGUCAAAUUCUAUUCUCCUUACGCGUUCCUUUCCCUUUUCUCGUUACGAAUCAGGUGUGACAGUCCGACACUUGUUCCUCUUUUCUUUCAUUCUUUCAAUUUUAUUUACCCGACCGCAUUAACCGCGCGUAAAAACAUUUCCUACUUCUGUUUUUCCCAUUCUUUAAAUACCACCGGUCACGCGAUCCCCCCCCCGCGCGUUCAAAUCUCUCUUUUUUUUUUUUUCUUAACCCCCUUCGAAUUCCGAUGCGAUCUCUAAAAAAAAAUACAACCACCUGAUAAACACCGGUGACGCUCGCGUCCUCCUCUCCGGUAAACCUUUCCAAAGCAAUUCUUUGCCGCCUCUUUUGUAGGUGUACGUGAAUAAAUAUACGCUCUUGAAUCUGCGGUACUCGAUAUGUACGCAGACACCGAACGAAUCCGUUUACCGUUACCACCUGUUUUACAAUCAUCUCAGCACCCAUAGCCUCCCAACAUCUUUUACGAAUGCGUGCGCGUACCUAAUACAUAUUCCUGUAAUUCUUGAACGAAUGAUUUUCUUCUUUUUUUUUUAUUUUCGAGGUGUUCAUAUUUUAUUAUUCGAAUUGAAUUCGGUAAUCGGUAAAAUUGUUUCUGAAAAGUGAACAAUAAAAUUAUUAUAUUAUCGCCCGUCGUAUACGUGCAGAUGUUGCAGGGAGAAGAGGUACGUUCGUAUAACGUGUCGCCUAAGAGGCGUACUUGUAAUCCUGGCCUCUUUUCAGGCCAAUAUAAUGAUGAAAUUAUUCUCAGCAGUAUACGUACACUCGAUGUCUUCUUCCCCAGCAUCUCUUUCUCCCGUGUGAUUGUAGCGAAAAAUUCGCUUUCGCGAAAGUUAUAAACCCGACUACAGUCGUUAGUCGUGGGUGCCCCCAAGGGUUUCCAUUUUCCCAUUUCACACGUAUACGAUCAUUCGUCGUAUUCGAAAAGUAACGAGAGGCGAAAAAAAAAUAAUGUCAACGACUUUCGAUUAAUUUCGAAAACAAAUCGUUCGCGGAUACGCGAAUGUAACAGCGCACGGAUUAUUGCGUAAAUAUUGAAAAAGGGAUGUUCGCUUUGUGGUCGCGUGCCGUGCACGUUCGUUGCAAUAUUUACCGGCGGAUAAAUACCCUCGUUCUUGCAACGUUUAACUCGGAUAUUAUACGUGUGUACGAAUACACACUAGCGUGGCGUAAGUCUUACGUAAAGAUCGCGGUUCAACGCGGGUAUAUUCAACAAUGCUCGGUUAACGAUCAUGUGGGAAUGGCCCCGAUAAGGCGACGCACCUGCAUUGUUGAAAAACCACAAGUGAAGUUGAAACGACCUCCCCCAUCCGUACGGAUGAUCCGACAACCCAGAUUUUAUGUACACUUGAAUAUUUUACCGUUAACUGGACGCCCCGAGCGCCCGACCGACGCGAGUCCCAAGUCCCAACUUCGCGCGAAACGUUGCAACGAAGAUAACGACGCGAUGCCGUUUGAAAGCUGAACGGAAUAACGAAACUCUUCGCAGCGGUUCGUCGUGAUUUUCGAUGACGGUAUAUGUGUAUCGGAAAUUAGAAGAUGUGGGAAGCGAGAACGACGACGACGACGACGACGACGAUAUAUCCUCGGCAUCUUAUCCCCGCGCCUUUUCCGGAGCAACCCGACACACGGCAAAGCGUGUGGGGAGUUGAAAUCCUCUCGGACUGCUGGUGGCCAGCGUCCCGAUAGAAAGGCAACUUCCCAGUUAUCCGUGGCGCGUUGCUCAGAAUGCACGUGAAACUCGAAUUUUUACCUCAUCAUAAUGUAGCUAACGUGUUCGACGUUAUGCCUAUUUGAACUGGACAAUUUCAAUCGCUACGAAAAGGGACACGUCUGUCAUUCGUUCGUUAUUUUCUCACGCGGUGUUCGAACAACCGUUGGUGCGCGCGGUAAAAGUUUUCACUCGAUCAUUAUUCGUCUAUUUUCUCACCUUCCCUUAACUGUAAUUGACGCAACCGCGGUAUUAAGGGAUUAAAAAAAACACGUCUCGCUUAACGAACGAGAACUGGAUGCGAUGUAUAAAUCACCGAGACCGAUCCAUCGAGGCGGGAUGAUUCGUCUGGUUUUUUGAAAAAAAGGAAAAGAGAUAGAAAUUUCUUUGUUUUUUUUUUUUUUUCUUUUUUACACGCCCGCAUCUGUCGUCCGUUGAUCGCGAUAACCUUUCGCCGGUUGAAUCAAGUUCCGUACGUGUGCCCGAACAUAAAUUAUUUUAAAUAUCCUAUUAUUUCGCACGGAUGAAGUUCGCGGACCGCGACAAUGCGGUAUAGAAAUUCGUUGAAUUUUUGUAAGGUUUUGAAAACGAUGUCGAAAAUUACGGAGCUACUAUAGUAGUAACGCGUCAGUUUUUCCGUCGAUUGAAAACGAAGAAGAAAAAAAAAAAUCAGCUCGACUCAAAAGUGCAGUGAUUUUAUUUUACGACGUAAAAUGCUACUGACGCAGGAUAAUAUCGUUUAAGGGUGGGGCUGCCCGCAUACCUUACCUCCGGCAAACGGUGAACCCGCGGUGAACUCGAGAUGAAUGAACGUCCGAUCCUAAGAUCGCGAGAGGAACGGGCCUGAACGGAUCCGAACG